AUGGCACCAAGCAAGAUACGAAAAGCGCUGGGCGCAGUAAAAGAUCAAACGAGCAUAGGCCUCGCAAAAGUGAGCAGCAGCACCACGCUGGCGGAGCUCGAGGUUGCCAUCGUGAAAGCAACCCGCCACGACGAGUACCCCGCCGAGGAGAAGCAUGUGCGGGAGAUACUUUCCCUGACAUCCUACUCCCGCACCAACAUCGCCGCCUGCGUGGCUCUCCUCUCCCGCCGGCUCGGCAAAACCCGGAGCUGGGCGGUGGCGCUCAAGGCCCUUGUGCUCAUCCACCGCCUGCUCGCCGACGGUGAUCCCGCCUACGAGCGGGAGGUUUUCUUCGGGACGCGGCGCGGCACGCGGAUGCUCAAUAUGGCGGAUUUUAGGGACGCGGGAUCGAGGUCUGAUGCGUGGGAUUUUUCGGCCUUUGUGAGGACUUAUGCGAGGUACCUUGAUGAGAGGUUGGAAUACAAGAUGUUUGGGAGGAGGUACAGGGGAGGAUCGGCGACGUUGUUGUCCGCGACGGUGGGGUGGUCGGGAUGGAGGAGGAUGGGGAGGGAUGAAGAGGGGGAGGAAGGGGAGGGAGCGGUGACUCCGGCGAGAUUGACGCCGGUGAGAGAGAUGAAGACGGAUCGAUUGUUGGUGAAGGCGCAUCAUCUCCAGAUGUUGCUAGACAGAUUGCUUGCCUGCCGUCCAACGGGGGUUGCCAAGGACGACAGGAUCGUAGCAAUGGCAUUGUACCCAAUCAUCAAAGAGAGCUUCCAAAUAUACUUGGACAUGACGGAGAUCACCUCCGCUUUCGUGGACCGCUUCACGGAGCUUCUCGUUACGGACUGCGUCCGCGUUCACGAUCUCUUCUCCAAGCUCUCCAAGCAAUUCGAGGAGCUCGACUCCUUCCACUCCUGGUCACGCGCCGCCGGCAUUGCCCGCCCCUCCGAUUACCCUGAAAUCGAGCACAUCACCGAGAACAACCUUAAAGUUAUGGAAGAAUUCAUCCGAGAACGUUCCUCGCUCCCGAACCGCCAGCUUUCUCAACGCCCUGCCACGCAAGAACAGGAUGCCGCUUUUCAAGCCGUCAAGGACGUCAAGUCCAUUCAGGCGCCACCGCCUGAGGAGCCGCCGGAGGAGGUGGAGGAGAUUGGAAAUGAGUUGGCAGAGUUGGCAGCAGCCCCGGAAGCGGCGCCUGCGUCGACUACAGAGGAGGAGAAGCUAGCAGACUUGCUCCAUAUUCAGGAAGAUCCAGCGACCAGCGAACGUAACCCGGACAGCCUCGCUCUCGCCCUGUUCGACGGCAUUCCGGCUGAGCCGCCGCCGGCGCAGCCAUGGGAGCCGUUCAAGGAAACGGCCGAUUGGGAAAUGGCACUCGUCGAAUCCGCGAGCACCUUCCACGAGCAGAAGCCGGCGUCAGCCAGCGGAUUCGACAUGCUGAUGCUCGAGGGAAUGUACAGCCAGGGCACCGCUACGGAUGCUAGAGUUGGAGGAAACGCCAGCAGUAUGGCUGUGAUGGCACCGGCGGCGCAGGGGAUGCUGGCAUUGCCGGCCCCAGCAAGCGGCGGCGUCAGAGCAAGCGGGUCAGGCGACCCUUUUGAGGCUUCGGCGGCAGUAGCGCCGCCUCCGUGGGUCCAGAUGUCGGAGCUGGAGAGGAAGCAGAGGUUGUUUGUGGAGGAGCAGCUGAUGUGGCAACAGUAUGCUAGGGAUGGGAUGCAGGGGAAGCUACCGGCGACGGGAGGUGGGGGCUAUCCAUAUAACAGGGGAGGAUAUACACAAAGGUUUUAA